GGACUCUUCAGGCUGUCCACUAUCUGGAGAUACAAAUAUCUGACACUCAACACAAAAGACAAACAACUUGGACGUCAGUCAGGCUGUAACAGAGGAGAUCUCUGAGGAAUCCUGAGGCUGAAACUGGAAACAUCUCAGAACAAUCUGUUGACUCAUAUCUGAGUCUUUCUGAUCUGAGGACAUUCACCAGUUUAAUUCUUCAAACAAAAGUCAUGAAGUCCCGUCGACCCAGCUGCAGUGACUCUGGAUCUGAGUCCUCAGAGAUGGACUCCAAAAGUCCAGAGAAAUAUGAGACUGCCACACGACGAAGGAUGGCUGCAAACGCCAGAGAGAGGAAGAGGAUGCAGGGUUUGAACACAGCAUUUGAUCGCUUACGCAAAGUUGUUCCCCAGUGGGGCCAAGACAAAAAACUGUCUAAGUAUGAAACCCUGCAGAUGGCCCUCAGCUACAUCAUGGCCCUCAACCGGAUCCUGACAGACCCCAGGAGGCACAACGCUCCUCACAGACAGUGGCUAGACCUGCAGUUUGACUGUGCGCAGCCUGAUAACUACCCCUGCCUCAUGAGGUACGACUCUCCUACUGAACAGGAGUAUAUUCACUCGUCGUUCUCAUACCAGUUCGAUGGCCAUCAAGUCCACGCAUAAAGAUACUGCGAUUUUGUUAGACAAUCAGUCAUGUUGUGAGUGACAAUGUGAAUAUUUCUCCUCCAAUCCAGGAGACAGUAAAUACAUUUGUAUUGCAUUAUUUUCUUUUCGUUAUAUUUAUCUAGUAUCUGUAUGAAAGGCUUCUAUUUCAAGUCUUUAUUUAUUUUUGCUAGGAAACCCAGCAAUGUUGAGCAGCUUUUUGUUCAAAUUAUAGUAAUGAAAGACAUGUAGUGUCAUUAUAAUGACCAUUAGAUUGUACUGAAGAUGCAGGCAAUGGUGUCUUUCUAUCAGUUCUUUUGAUAUGGCCUUAAAAUGUUGUGCAAUUUUCAACGGACUCUGAGAAAAUCAUUGUGGUAUUAGUUGCACAGUUAAAGUCAACAUGUAACUAUUUUGUCAAAGUCCAAGUACAUGUUUGUAGAGUUGAAAAAUAGACUUGCAAGAUGUUAUUUUCCACAUGCAGACCUCUAUUUUGUUGAAUUAUAGUUUUUGAUUGAAAAUAAAAACUAUUUUGUAAAAAAACAUUUCUCUUGUUCUUCAUUGUCUUUGAGUACAGCCAUGAGCUAAUUAUGAAGUUAAGAUAGGGAUUUGUUUUUAUAUUGCAGAGGAAAAAUGGUAUUUUUACUGUAUGCAAUUACAAUACAUGCUAAGUAACAAACAAAAAUACUGAUAUAAAUAUUUUUUUGCAUCCUCAAAGGAUUCAUAUUUGCAUAAUAUAAACCUGAACAUAUGUAAAAAUGUAUAUUUCUAAAAGUUUCAGAGGGAAAGAUAGUGAUUUUCUUCUUUUUUUUCAUUUUACUGAAUUAACUAAUUAGAAAGCACUGGAAUUUCAACCAUCAUAAUCUCACUUGUCUCCUUUGUGUAGUAUUAAAACAGGGUUAUCAAGGAGGUAAUUUACAACACAUCCUUUGUUUCACGUGUGUCAAGUUCUCAGUAGGAGUGAUGGCAGGUCAUGUCCGCUGCACUGCCUCGCUCUGCUCCCCGGGGAAUAAAUCAUCCUUUUGUCCAGAGCUCCUGUGCUCUGAGAUAAGACACUGUUACGUCAAUGGGGACAACAAUCUAAACAUUUAAAAUAGACUAUUUUUUGGGAUCAGAAUUAAUAUCUGAGUACAAUCAUUGAACUAUUCUUUCUCAAAAAACAAGCUCAAAUUUUCUCUGUGAAAAUAACCUUUUGGAGUUUAAAAUAAAGUAUUAUAUUGA